AUGAACCCUUCUUCUUCACCCUGCGACCCCUCGGACCACCUCGACUGGCCGCCUGGGACCAACAACGGUGGUCGACCAGACGCUCCACACCUGGGACUGGACAGCUCUCCUUGCAAAUGGAUCCUUGGCUUCCUGACUGACAGAUUGCAGUCAGUAAAGACUGGCAACAACACCUUCACCAAGAUUAUCCGCAACAUUGAGCCCUUCAAUGGAAAUUGUCUCCCUUCUGAGUGGUGCUUAUUUGUCAUUUCUGUAUGUGCCUGCAAUGCUGCAGCAAGUCUCCUGCUUCAAACCUUGCUCUUCUCAGAAGAUUUGGACAAUGCCCACGUCAUCAUCAAGCCCAAGCAACCUAUGAGAAUGCGAGACUUCACUCUGUGUAUGAAGCUGCUCCCAGACUUUGACAAGAUCAUGUCUGUCUUCUCCUAUGUGACCAGUGCUCACCAGAACCAGAUCCUCCUGGAAGUUGGCAGGGAACACCUAAAACUACACCUAGCUGAGAGGUGGGUAGAUUUCUGGAUGUCCAUAGGUACAGUGGGCUGGACACCCAGCUGCAUCACCUGGGACUCGGCCGCAGGGAGGACGGUGGCUUGGGUGAACAGAAUACCAACUGCCAACAAGAUCUGUAGCCAAGGGGAAGGAGGUACUUCUGGAUGCAAUGGGGAUUCUGGGACAAGACCUGGUUUUUGUCGGUGGUGGAUUCGACAAGAGGCAGAGAUAUGUGGGAGAAAUGGCCAAUGUGGACCUAUGGGAUGGGGUACUUCGACCUUUUGACAAGCCCAUUGUCAGUCAGAGGCACAGGGGAAAUGUGAUGGACUGGGCAGAUAGGAAAUAUCGAUUGAAGGGAAAUGUAACUGUUCUGGAUCCGCAGAAAGGACCCACAAACUCUGGCCUGGACGCCACUGCAACAGCACACCAAGCGGAU